CCUUCCUUCCUUCCUUUUGUAUACCUCGCGCUCGCUCGUUUGCUAAUAAAACUGAUGCUUCCAUUUAUUUCCUUAAUUUUGUCUCCCUAUAUAUUCUUUCUUUGAUUCGAGUUGUGGAGAGUAAGGGAAAGAAAAAAAAAACUAGGGUUAGCACAAUGCGGGUUUUUUCGUUUUACGAAAGAGCCGCCAGGGCUUUUCGGGACCACCCUUCGUUGUCUAAGGUUCUUGUCGUCUGCACUGUCAGUGGAGGGGGUCUUGCAGCCUUUUCUGAUUCCAAACCGUUCCAAAUUGCACAUGCUGAUGCUGGUCAAGGUGAUUGCAAGAAAAAGAAAGUGGUGGUACUUGGAACUGGGUGGGCUACCACCAGUUUCUUGAAGAACUUGAAUAAUCCCAACUAUGAUGUUCAGGUUGUGUCGCCUCGCAAUUAUUUUGCAUUCACUCCUUUGUUACCUAGUGUGACAAAUGGAACAGUGGAGGCACGCAGCAUUGUUGAACCAAUACGCACGAUUGUGAGGAAGAAACCUUAUGUUAAAUUUGAGGAGGCCGAAUGCUAUAAGAUUGAUGAGAAAGCCAAGAAAGUAUAUUGUCGAUCUAGCCAAGACACAAAUUUGGCAGGACAAGAAGAAUUUACUUUAGAUUAUGAUAUCUUGGUGGUGGCAAUUGGAGCUCGUCCAAAUACAUUCAACACUCCUGGUGUGGAGGAACAUGCUCACUUCUUGAAGGAAGUCGAGGAUGCUCAGAAACUUCGAAGGUCAGUAAUUGAUUGCUUCGAAAGAGCAAGCCUUCCUAGUGUAAGUGAAGAGGAGAAGAAAAAGAUUUUGCAUUUUGUAGUUGUUGGUGGGGGUCCAACUGGUGUGGAGUUUGCUGCUGAGAUUCAUGACUUUGCAACCGAGGAUAUAGCUAAAUUAUAUCCUACAGUAAAGGACUUCGUACAAAUUACACUUCUUGAGGCAGGAGAUCAUAUUUUGAACAUGUUUGACAAGAGAAUAACAGCAUUUGCUGAAGAAAAGUUCCAAAGAGAUGGUAUUAAUGUGAAAACUGGUUCAAUGGUCGUUAAAUUGUCCGAUACAGGAAUAUCCACCAAGGAAAGAACAACCGGUGAAGUUUCAACUAUUCCAUAUGGAAUGGUUUUGUGGUCAACUGGUAUUGGUACUCGACCUGUAAUUAUGAAUUUCAUGAAGCAAAUUGGCCAGGCUAACAGGCGUGUCUUAGCAACUGAUGAAUGGCUAAGGGUUGAAAAUUGCGAUAAUGUAUAUGCUCUUGGUGAUUGUGCCACAAUAAAUCAACGCAAAGUUAUGGCAGAUAUAUCGGCAAUAUUCAGGAAAGCUGACAAGAAUGAUACUGGCAAAUUAAAUCUCAAAGAAUUUCAUGAAGUUAUGGGUGACAUCUGCGAGAGGUACCCUCAAGUGGAUAUUUAUUUGAAGAAAAAUAAGAUGAAGAGUAUAGCUGAUUUGCUGAAGAAGGCUCAAGAUCCUAAUAGUCAAUCCAUUGAGAUAGACAUUGAAAAGUUCAAAAAGGCUCUUGCUGAAGUGGAUUCUCAGAUGAAAAAUCUUCCUGCAACAGCUCAGGUCGCUGCUCAACAAGGUGAAUACCUUGCAAAAUGUUUCAACCGUAUGGAGCAGUGUGAGAUGUUUCCAGAAGGUCCUCUUAGAAUGAGAGGAGAAGGCCGCCACCGGUUUCAUCCCUUUAGGUAUAGGCAUUUGGGGCAGUUUGCUCCCCUGGGAGGAGAACAAACCGCAGCUGAACUAUAUGAUUGGGUUUUUUAUGGUUAUAGUUCUCAGUGGUUAUGGUAUUCAGUCUAUGCAAGCAAGCUAAUCAGCUGGCGCACAAGGGUGCUGGUUGUCUCUGAUUGGAUCAGAAGAUUCAUCUUUGGAAGGGACUCCAGUCGCAUUUGAGAUGGGAAGGCAGCACAGUACGUGACAUAAGAAGAAAUAAAGGAGAAAAUUAAUAGCCAUUGCUUUUGUCAAAAUUUUCAGCUCAGCAUCGAGGUUUUGUUCGAAUGGUUUUGGUUUUGUUCCAAUCUUACUGUUGAAUGGUUUUAAUGUGUGAUUAAGCACGUCACUACUUCAUAACAAGCUUGUAAACUUGAGUUUUUCUCAUUAAGCUUACACUAAUUCUCAACCGCCAUGUAGAGACUGCAACUGAAGUUGGUACUGUCAUUGGCUUUUUGAGAUUGGUUGUGGACAAGUUUAUAAUAAAGUCAUUGUAUUUGGGA